UACGAUUUUUUUAGUUUUAACUGGACGAUGUAUUUAUUCUACUGUGCCCGAUCCUUAUCUUGUCAAAGCUGCUAAGAGCCUUUUUAAGGCCUUCUCUUUUUACUAGCUACAAUACUUUAUAAAGGAACGUUCUCAUCAGCACCUUGUUGCGACUUCAAAAAAAAAGUUUUGCCUAAAGAGAUUCUGCGCGGAAUUGUUAAAGUUCCCUCUUAGAUUUUUAGGAUGACCCUUGAUGACAUUUUGCUCAAUUUGAAUUAUAACUUUUUACCGAAAUUAAAACAGCCAACGACCAAGUUUCUCUGAAUAAAUUUUUUCCAAAAUCAGGUGCUCCUUCUGGCCCUCAGCCUUUUGAGUAGGUUUUAAAAUGCUACACAUUUUUUCCCCCAUUUGAAGAUCAACGUUAGGAAAGUGUUGUUUGAGCUGUUUUCACACCAUGCUUUAUUGGGAUGGAACUCGACUUCAAAUUAGUGUAAUCUUCCUAUUUCUCACGUCAUCAUUUUCUACAAAAGGCACAUACGGUGAUGAGUCAGGGGAAAAGUGCGAGAAACUAGCCGCUGCUAUAACGAAAAAUGACAAAGAGACACGCCUUGAGGAUGUUUCGUCUCUCAGCGGAAAAUGGGUGUCUGAGAGAUGUGAAAUCCGGUCGGGUCCCGAAUUCCUUUUGCGGAGUUAUAUUUUUUCCAAAAACGACACUUUCCACUUAACGCAGUACUUCUACAGGGACGAGUCGUGCUCGACGCCUCUCUACGCGUUGAACGCGUGGGGCAAAAUUCAGUUCCACGGGCCGUCGUGGGUGACGCCCGGCGCGACGGCGGGGGAUUUCACGCUGUCCAGGGUGGCGAUUCUGGCGCAGAAUGACAGGGCCGCCGAGGACCUUUGGACCAGGUUCAACUCCAGUUGCCCGUCCCUCGGCAGGAGGAAAUGGAAGCCCUACAAGGAAUACAACAUCCUCGACGAACCGGAGAUAUUGUCCAAUUCGGCCCCGAUUCACGGUUUCAAGUUCACCGAUGGCUACCCUCGGAAAAAGUACAUCCCUUCCGACUCAAUAGGUAUGAGUCGGCAGGCUGCCUUCUCUACAACCGUAGAAGACUCGACUUGCAUUCAAAAUUUGCACCCACUUUUCAACGAGCUCCAGCUGGUCCGGAUUCAAAAAAGGCCCCCGGGACCCCUGAAUCCGCGCUUUUUCCGUCAAGAGAUGUUACUUGGGGACAUCCGUUCUAGAUUUGAAAAUCGAAGUCAGAACCAACCAACCGUCCUUCACACGCCUCUCAUAAGAGUUGAACAGGCACAAGGGUGUGAAGUUUGUCGAGCGAUUAUCCGCGCAACUGAGAGAACCUUCCCUCAGCUGAAUGCUCAACCAAGACUGCCGAUUUACCUUGGCGGUGAGUGGGUCAGUGGGCACUGUGAGACUAGGCCUUUAGGCACCUUCUUAAAGCGACGACUGCAAGUCAUAGCCAAUACAUCUACUUGGCAAGUUGACUAUAGAUUUUACUCUGAUAUGGCUUGCUCUGCUCCCACCCUGACUGCUACUGCUUCGGGGUAUUUUUCUACUGGAUUGCCGUCGAUGGCAGUGCAAGGAGGCACGGAAUUCGAUUUUCAUGUCCAAAAGGCGUACAUUAUGCUUUUUGAUGAGGGGCUUGUGCACACUUUGCAGAAUGACCCACGAUGUGGCACACCUGGAACUUGGCGGACGGGAGUCAUGCACGACCUAGCGCCCUCGAACGGAUGCGUGACCGUGGGGAUCGUUGUGCCGACGACGGUGUACGAGCUGGUACGCCUGGAGAUCAACUCCAACGGGAUGCCGCUCCUGUUCAUGGGUCAGCCGGACCCGGAUGACGCCCCUGUGAGUGUCCGACACAGGCCCACCAGCUACCAGCCUCCUCUCAUCCAGUGCGCCAGCCAGCUACCCCCUUACACCCACUUCAUCACUGCUAGAUCCAGCUCAAGUCGCCGGCAAAUCACCUGUGCCCUAGUCUUCUUUCAGCUCAUCUAUGUAAUAUGCAAUGUAUAAUCGUCGCUCCUCAGCGGGUGGAUUAAUGGAAUUGAUGCACAAAGCGAUAGACAAAGAAUACAAAUGAGAAUGGAGCGAUCCUAUUGGUUGAAACGCAUGUUUCUGAUAGAACGAGGGAGAUAAUAAUAGACUAACUAUAGGGUCGAAGAAGUUGCUUGAUUGGG